GUGGGCGCGUGCGCACCGGCAGGCUGGGCCGCCCGGGGCGCAGGACGGGUUCGGACGCGCGGCCUCUCGGGUUCCCAAGGCCCAAGCUGCCCAGCCCUCUGGCCAUAGAGCUGAUGGCCCCAGCAGUUGAGACAGGCGUGGGCAGCUCGGCUGGCAGCAAAUGACAACUGAGACCCUCUCAAACUCCAAAGUCACCCUUUUGGAGCACAAGGAGGAGCUAGCCCUUUCUGCCAGACUUCAGCCCCUGCCUCUUGUGCCAAUGGCCCUGCUAUAGGAAGAGGAUGGCUGUGCUCACUCCUGAGCAUCUUGGGUGGGGGUCCCAUGGCUCUGUGUGGGAAGAGCUACCAGGAAACCACAAGGGUUAGAGUGAAGAAAACAUCCCCUACCUGUGGGCUGCUACUCCCUCCCCAGGCCAGGGCUCAAGAGGGGGUCCCGAAGAGCCAGCCUGGAGGUGACCAGGCAGGAAGUGUUCACACACCGCGCCCCUUCCGGGGGAGACACCUGGCCAGACCCUGAGCAUCCCCCCCUGCCCACCGCCUGGCUGGAGGCACCUCACGGAGCCCCUCUGGGAUCCCUAGAGCCCCUGCUUAACCCUGUGGUCAGUGUUGGAAGGGGUGGGGAGGUUCCCCAUUUGUACCAAGAAGGCCCCUCCCCCUCCCAGAAGCGGGUGGGCCAGUCCACAGACCCCCACCAACCCACAUCCACCAGGAAUCCACCACACUUGUAGAAUCCAUGGGCUCAGACUUCACCUCGGUCACACCAGAAGCCCCAGGACCAUCUCUAAGCUGCCCCCGAGGGAGAGGGGUACCCGCAGAGCUGCCAUCACCGGGGCCAACGCCACGGAGAAUGGAGACACCUGCAGAAGGAGACUCUGGCUUCCAGGGAGGAGCCACGGCCUGCACAGCCACAGCCGGUGGUUCCCUGACAGUCCACGAGGACCAGCGGCCGCCGCCAGCCCUGCAGGAGGACAGGCAGAGGGAGGGGCUGGUGGAGCUGCACACCUCCUUCCGGGAGCUGCUCACCUUCUUCUGCACCAACGCCACCAUCCACGGCGCCAUCCGCCUGGUCUGCUCCAGCCAGAGCCGCGUCAGGACGGCCUCAUGGGGGCUGCUGGUGGCAGGCGCACUGGGCGUGCUCUACUGGCAGUUCGGGCUCCUCUUUGCCGAAUACUGGCGCUACCCGGUGGUUGCCACAGUGUCCGUGCACUCGGAGCCCAAGCUCUUCCCAGCCGUCACUCUGUGCGACAUGAACCCGCACAGGCCGCGCUCAGCCCGCCACCACCUGCAGGUGCUCGAUGAGUUUGCCCAGGAGAACAUCCAGUCUCUCUACAAGUUCAACUUCAGCAAGAACAGGGACGUCCUCUCUGCAGCCGACCAGCUCCCACAGCCCGCCUUCUACCUGGACCGUGGGGUCCGCCUGCAAAGGUUGAGCCGACCCGGUGGCCAGCAUAAAGUGGGUUUCAGACUGUGCAACAGCACAGGUGGGGACUGCUUGUGCCGUGCCUCCACGUCAGCUGUGACAGCUGCCCGUGAGUGGUACUGCUUCCAUUAUGUGAAUGUCUUGGCCCUGAUGCCCACCGCCCACGAGGACAGCCACCGCAGCGACAGAGGCCACUUUGUCCUCUCCUGCCAAUUCGAUGGCCAGGACUGCCAGGCCCGGCACUUCCGGACGUUCCACCACCCCACGUACGGCAGCUGCUACACCUUCGACGGCGUCUCAGCUGCACAGCACCCGGGCGUCACCCGCGGGAUCAGCCUGGUCCUCAGGGCUGAGCAGCGGCACCACCUGCCUCUGCUGUCCACGGAGGCCGGCGCUAGGGUCAUGAUUCAUGGACAUGACCACACGCCCUUCCUGGAGCACCAGGGCUUCAGCAUCCGGCCAGGGACCGAAACCACCAUCGGCAUCCGAGAGGACGAGGUACGCCGGCUGGGGAACCCCUACAGCCACUGCAGCGAGCGCGCAGACGGUGUGGACGUGCCCCUGCUCUACAACGCCUCAUACACCCUGCAGGCCUGCCUGGUGUCCUGCUUUCAGCAGCUGAUGGUGGAAACCUGCUCCUGCGGCUACUUCUUCUACCCCCUGCCGUCGGGGGCCGAGUACUGCAGCUCCGCCAGGCACCCGGCCUGGGGUCACUGCUUCUACCGGCUCUCCAGGGACCUGGGGACCCACCGGCUUCCCUGUAGCUCACGCUGCCCCAGGCCCUGCAGGGAGUCUUCCUACAAGCUCUCCGCCGGGACCUCCAGGUGGCCCUCCUCCAAGUCAGCUGACUGGAUCCUGGCGGCGCUGGGCAAGCACGGCCACAGGAGCCUGGGCCCGACCCCAGGCUUCAGGAGCAGCGUGGCCAAGGUGAACAUCUUCUACCAGGAGCUCAACUACCGUAGGGUGGAUGAGACACCAGUUUACUCGGUGCCCCAGCUGCUGUCAGCCAUGGGCAGCCUCUGGAGCCUGUGGUUCGGCUCCUCGGUCCUCUCUGUGCUGGAGCUGCUGGAGCUGCUGCUUGACGCCCUAGCUCUCGUGGUGCUUCGGGGCUGCCGCUGGCUCCACACAGCUCAGGGGUCCCAGCUGGCGGCAGCCACAGGGGCACCCCCCACGAUCCCAGGAACCGAGCAGUUACCCACUGACCGCAGGAAUAUCAACCAUCUGGGGGGCCCUGCUGGCCUCGUGCCCCGAAUCCUUCCAGGAGCUCUGGCCGGAGUCUUUGCUGAAGAGUUAGGCCACACAAGCGCCCCCUGCCCCACGCCCGAACCAGCAGGAGCUUAUUCUGAUCCUGAGGGAUGUGGCUGCAGCAAGCUCUCCAGGCUGCCCACGGGGAACCAGACCUGCCCCCCAGAGCCACUGCCAGGCAGCCAAGCCAAACCCAGGGCCAGGGAAGCUGCACUGGGGGCUCCAGGCAGGCAGGCAGGAGGGUGCCCAGCCCACCGGGCACUCUCCUCAGCCGGCUACCUGCCCAGCAGCGGCCUCAGGGACGCCCAGGGCAGCGGGGAGGGGAGUGUCCCUACCUCUCUGGAUUCCCAUGUCUAGUUCGUGCACAGCUGGGAGUGUGGGUGCAUGCAAGGGGGGAGGGGCCUCCACAGGGGAGUGUGCCCGUGUGGUUGGUGUCACGUGAAUAUAUAUGCAUUUCUAAGCGUGUCAACACGUCUGUCUAUGUCUGUGUGCGGCUAUGCACAGGCAUGGGGCAGGAGCCGUCCUCAGCUCGGGGCAGGUUGGGGAAGGGCUGCUUUGCAGUAAAUUAGCGAUUCCACCUG